GGGAAUGUCACCAUGGCACAGGGGGUGCACUAGGAGUAUUGGAGGGGUGCUGGAGCUACCAGGGAAGGGAGCACCGGGGGUCCGGUCUGAGGGUGAUCCUGGCGGUGGUCCCAAUGGUCCGUGGUGUACCGGGGUCUGGAGGCAGCCUCGGGGGCGAUCUCAGGGCAGUAGCGGUGGUCUCGGGGCGAUCCUGGGGCUGAUUCGUAGUACCCGCGUUCGGGGGCACUGGGGAUGGGGAGGCGGUACUGGGGGUGAUGCAGAGGGCGGCACCGAACGUCUGAGGGUGAUGCCGGGGAUGUUGGGUUGACGCCGGGGAUCUGAGGGCUAUCCCGGGGACAGUACCGGAGGUCCGGGGCGGUACCGGGAAUGGGGAGGCGGCCCCGCGGGCGAUGCGCCGGGAGGUGCCGGCAGUCAAGGGAGGUACUAGGGAUUUGGCGUUGAUCCAGGAGCGAUCCCGGGAAUCUGGGGUGGACCCCGGGGACGGUACCGGGCUUCCAGGGGAGAACCAGACUAUGGAGGCGGCUCUCGGGCUAUCCCGGAGGUCUGGGGGCGAUUCCGAGGCGGAGCUGGAGCGGUCCCGCGGGCCCUGGUGGUACCGGGGAGUUGGAAGCAGGCCUUGAGGCGGUGGGAGGGCAGAUCCCAGGAAACUGGGGGUGAUCCCGAAAAUUCCGAGGCGAUCCCGGGAGGGCAGUAUUGGGUGUCCGUGGCGGUACCGAGAAGAGGAAGCGGCCCCGGGGGCGAUCCCGGAGGCGGUACCAGGGAUCUGGGGGCGAUCCCAGGGGCGGUCGCGAGCCAGUCUCGGUCACCCCGUGGGCGGUCCCAAAGAAGAUCCUGGUGCGCAGCCGGGGCCGGUGCCGGGAGCCCCGGGCGGUGCCAAGGGUGGUCCCGGUCUCCCGGCGGGCAGUACCGAAGAAGACCCCGGGGCAGUCCCUCGGUGCGGAACCAGAGCCAGUGCUGGGAGCCCCGGGCGGUGCCAAGGGCGGUCCCAGGGCGGAGCCGAUCCCGAUCGCGAUCGCGGUGCCUGUGCCGGUGUCGGUGUCGGGGCAGCGGCGCAGCCUGGGGCAUGGCGGGCCUGGGCGCCCCGGAACCGGGCACCGGCCCCGGUCCCGUUCCGGCCACUCGCGUGGAGCUCACGGUGUCCUGCAGGCAGCUCCUGGACAAGGACACCUUCUCCAAGUCAGACCCACUCUGUGUGCUGUACACGCAGCGCCCUGGCAGCCACCAAUGGCGGGAGUUUGGCCGGACCGAGGUCAUCGACAAUUCCCUGAAUCCUGACUUCCUGCACAAGUUCGUCCUUGAUUAUUGCUUUGAGGAGCGGCAGAACCUGCGCUUUGACCUGUAUGAUGUGGACUCCAAGACCCCUGACCUCUCCAAGCAUGAUUUCCUGGGCCAGGCAUUCUGCACCCUGGGGGAGAUUGUGGGCUCAGCUGGCAGCCGCCUGGAGAAACCCCUGAUGAUGGGGACAGCCACCACGCACCCCCGGGGCAGGAGACCAGCCCCGGCUGCCUCCAAUGGCAGUGGCAUUCCGGGGAAGAAGUGUGGCACCAUCAUACUCCUCGCUGAAGAGCUGGGAAACUGCCGGGACGUGGCCACACUCCAGUUCUGCGCCAACAAGUUGGAUAAGAAGGAUUUCUUUGGAAAAUCUGACCCCUUCAUGGUCUUCUACCGCAGCAAUGAAGAUGGGACUUUCACCAUCUGUCACAAGACAGAAGUGGUGAGGAACACACUGAACCCUGUCUGGGCAGCCUUUGCCAUUCCUGUGCGUGCCCUCUGCAAUGGGGACCAUGACCGAGCCAUCAAAGUGGAGGUUUAUGACUGGGACCGUGAUGGCAGCCAUGACUUCAUCGGGGAGUUCACCACCAGCUACAGGGAGUUGGCGCAAGGCCAGAGCCACUUAAACGUGUAUGAGGUGGUGAACCCCCGGAAGAAGAUUAAGAAGAAGAAGUACCUGAACUCGGGGACAGUGACACUGCUGUCCUUCGCUGUGGAGGCUGAGCACACCUUCCUGGACUACAUCAGGGGCGGGACCCAACUCAACUUCACAGUGGCCAUCGACUUCACGGCAUCCAAUGGGAACCCCUCACAGCCCACGUCCCUGCACUACCUGAGCCCCUUCCAGCUGAAUGCCUACAGCCUGGCACUGCGGGCCGUGGGGGACAUCAUACAGGACUACGACAGUGACAAGAUGUUCCCAGCCCUUGGUUUUGGCGCCAAGGUCCCCCCAGAUGGGCAUGUGUCCCACGAGUUCCCACUGGUAAGGGGACAAGGUGGGACAGGAGUGCAGAUGAAGGGUGGUGUUCUUGUCACCUGGUUGGGGACAGGGUGGGAUCAUCUUGUCACAGUGUUUGGGAUAUGGAGGUAUCAUCCUUGUCCUUUGGUUGGGGCUAUGGUGGUAUCAUCCUCUUCACUGGUCUGGGGACAUGGCAGUGUCAUCCUUGCCACCAGAUUAGGAAGGGGCUUGGUGUUGUCCUUGUCACCAGUUUGGAGUCAUAGUGGUCUCAUCCUUGAUCAGCGAAUUGG